AUGAAAGUGAUCCAACUUGGUGGCUCAAACGAUGGACUUUGCCACUUUUUGAGCUUAGGCGGCUUGGAAAUGCUCCUCGACUGCGGUGUCAAGUUACAGUCGCUGCAGAAAAUUGUCCAACAAGAUGGAAGUUCUGUCUACCGUCUAGAUCUUCCAAAGCUUAAUUCUGUGGACCCAAGUUCUCUGGACGUGGUGCUGAUAUCAAACCAUCAGACUCUACUGGCGCUGCCAAUACUAACAGAAUUUUUUGGCUUCACGGGCCAAAUUUACGCUACGCAGCUCACUCUUGACUUUGGGCGUGUGUUUCUGGAAGAAUUAGCAGCUUUGACGCAUGGAAAUAACUUUGCAAACUUCACUUAUGUAGGAGUGACGGAUGUAACGGAACUUCCAAUGUAUUCGUUGGAAGAGAUCAAGAGGUGUUGCGAGAAAGUCAACUGUGUGGAGUACGGAGAGGUCGUAAAACUGGGGUAUGGCGUGCAAGUUACAGCAUUGAGUUCAGGAUUUACUUUGGGAGCAAGUACUUGGCUGGUCGAAGGACCGAACGACCGGUUGGCAUACGUUGCUGGAGCGUCAGGAGACUACAAUCGUCAUCCAAAAGAAUUAGAUUUGUUGCCGCUUGUGGAUUGUGAGACGUUAUUGUUGUCAAAUUUAAAGCCAGAUCGGGACCCUCAUAGCAAUACGGAAAGAAUGGUCGAGCGAGUAUUAAGUGAAAUAAACAAAGUCCUGGAGCGUGGAGGCGUGUGUUUACUACCAAUAGCGCCUUGUGGCAUCAUGUUUGAUCUCAUCGAGGCAGUGUAUGCUGCAUGUGUCCAGAGCAAGCAGAACGUUCCAAUGUACUUUAUCUCGGAUUUCGCGACCCGUGUCAUGGAAUUAACUCAGCUUGGAGCGGAGUGGCUGUGUGAAAAAAAGAUUGAGAAAUUGUAUGCUGGUGAAGAUGCCUUUCUGCACGAGUCUCUAAGAAAAAAAAACCUGUUUCAUGCUGUAUCUAACGUGUCAGCUGUCACGGCGGCUACCUUUCAGAAUGGUAGCAUCCUCUUCGUGGGCCACCCAUCGCUCAAAUUUGGUCAUGCUCCACAUUUAAUUAAUAUGCUGGGAAAUGAAAGUCGAAAUGCAGUCCUCCUGACUGACCCAUCUGUCGAUGCGACUAAAGCCUUUGCCAAUUUUCAGGAUCUUCCAAUUGAAAAAAUUGCAUGCCCAAUUGAUCCGCGAUUAAGUUGUGGAGAUGCCAAUCAGUUUAUUGCGCGUUGCUGUCCCCACAAUCUGAUCGUUCCAUAUGAAUUUACGAUCGCACAAACUGGUACUGCAGGUGAUGGAGCGGAGACAUCGUCGCACUUUGCACGUAUUCUUCCGCUUCAUGAGCUUACAACCGCGAAAUCCAAGAUUGAGCUGCAAACCUUUCCAAUAAAGCAGUUUGAGCCCAUUAUAAUCGAGAAGCCGUCCAAGUAUUUUGAUGGUAAACUUGACCCGAAGCUUGCAGCACAAGCCACAAUUACCGAGGUAAAUGGGAAAGCUGCAGCAUGCAUCAGUGGCGUGCUUCGAGUCAGACGAGGUACCUUUAUGCUAGAACCGUCGUGUGAUACUCCUUUUCCUCUUGACAACAACGACGCCUCAAAACUCAAGAGCAGUGGAAAGCGCAAAGCGUCUUUAAUCACCGAAGAAGAUAUGACCAGAUCACUCCGAAACAUAGUCUACAAGGAACCAAGCAGUUUUCUCAUGGGCCAAGUGAGCGAAGAAACGCUUGAAAAGCAAGUGAAAACGCACGAUCCGCGAGCUCAAGUCUACAUCUCACAGGGCCAAGGAGAUGCAGACGUCUUUAUGAGUAUUCCGUCUCUAGAUGCCCGCAUUACCUUGUGGAAAGAGACUGGCAAGACUCUAAUUGAGACGGAAAAAGAGGAUGCUCGAGCUUUGUUGACAUCGUUCAUUUUAGCUCAACUGGUAGUGGUCACCCAGGAUUUGUGUCGAGAGCUGUGGAAAAUGGAGCGUGUCGAGGAUGGUUUGAGCCUAAACAUUGUCCCGCCAUUGUUUCAUGCUGGUAUUUCAAACAAGUUCACCAAGCGCCAUCAUAAUAAUUUUCGCGAUACCACGUUGACAGCAGCUUCUGCAGCAAAAGAGCGAGCAGAGCGUAAGCUAGUACGACAAGCAGAUGCGAUUGAGAAACAACAGCAAAAGAUUGACAAUGAGAUGAAGAGAAUCGCUGAGAUGACUCAAAAUCUACAUCGCCAACAACUUCGUGAAGCCAAUCGUCUUCGAAAUCGACUUGUCUUUGCCGCAUCGAAGCUUCAAGGUGCUUAUCGACGCCAUUUGAGACGCUUGGACCAACAGAAGCAAGAAGCUGCUGAGGUUAUUCAGACUGUAUCGCGGGGAUUUCUUGCUCGACGUUUGUGUUGCGCACUACGUUUGGAGCGCGAAUUGAACAUUCAAAACCGCUCGGCCAAGAUUAUUGCAAGGUUGAUUCGACGAUUUACAGCUCGAAUCGUUCGAGCGAGAGAAUUGAAACUCCGACAUUGGGCAGUAUGUAGCAUUCAGAGUAUUGUCCGCAUGGCUGCUGCUCGAAGUCACGUUCAAGCUCGGCGCAAAAAGCUGACGGAAGCAAAACUGCAAUUUCAAGCUGCAGUCAUAAUUCAAUGUAACACGCGAGCUUUCUUGACGCGACUAAUUUACCUCGACGUUCUUUAUUUGAUUUGUCGAAUUCAAGCUGCUAUGCGUGGAUUUCUCGUGCGACAUCGUUUGCGGUGGCUCCGAGCAGUUGAUGAUAAUGCAAUUUCGAUUCUGCAAGCUCAUGUACGUGGCUUUUUAGCCAGGAGAAGGUAUACAAAUGAGCAAGUCAAUAACCAGAAGGGUGCCAAAUUAAGUAGUCGAUCAAGUAAAUUGUUUACUUUGAGCUCAGAAACAGAUUUGCGAGUGCCAGGUUGUCCACAAGUACGAGCAUCUACCUGCUCGAUCGAAAAUGUUGUGAAGCUUAAAACCUAUGCAAUGUCAACUCGUGCAAGAUUAUCAACUAGAAUUGGAUGGCAACCAAAACGGUCGUACUGGCUGCCAGCAGGUGCCAGCUUUAAUCAACGGCUACCCAUGAUACCAGUACUUAAGCGUUUGAUGGUGCUGGAUCAAGUCACCGCAGGUAAUAAAGACUUUCUUGGAGACGACUUUCAGCUUUUGAAUCAGAGCUGGACACCUAAAAAGCGACCGCAACAGAAACCGAGCUCGGUUCGAUUAAGUCCCGUUGUAUUACCGUCGAGUAGUGUUGCAAGUUUUGAACGAGUGGACCAAAACGCCAGUAGAUUUGAUGAAGAGGAACGAAUUCGUCAGAAAGAAGACCUUAAACAAAAACUAACCACUCGACGAAACGCUGAAAAACGCCGACAAGCUCACUACUUGAAACUACAAAGUUUUGUUGAGCAUGAAGCUAAUGAACGGAGGCUGAUGGAGCGAGAAGAAAAACUUGUACGUCUUCAGCAUAAAGUUCUACGCAGACGGUCGAGAGAGGGAAAAAUUCGUCAGUUGACACAUCAUCAGCGACAAGAAGAGCGAGAACGACUUGCAAUGGUGCGAGAAGAGAGGCAUCAAAGAUUGCAUCUCAAAUUUUGUGCUCGUCAGCGGCUGAAAAAGCGUCAACAACUUGCCAUGGCGCCUACAACAUUUCGUGAAUUAGAACUGCAACCUCCAACAACUUCAAAACGUUACGAAAAAAACAUGCGUUCAAAUUCUCGUCAAACUGUUAAAAAAUCUCAUGAAAGCCGAGAUGACAAUGUCAACAAGUUAUCAUCUCUGAACAUCAUACCGACUUCGAUGAAACGACGUAAGCGUUUGGCUGGCUCGAAGAAGUCUGGCAAGCUGGUGCAUGCGAAAAAAAAAAGAAUUCGAGGAAAGAACAUGAAGAGCAAAACAAUAGCCAUGCGUCUAGUGAAACCUCUUGAAAACAAGAUAGCAACUGAAGAAAAUGUGUGCGAGUACGGCGAAGAAUUUGAAGAAAUCGUCGACGAGGCAGCUCUCACUUCUUUAAUGUGA